CCGCCGCGAUCCCGGUUCGAGCCCGCGCCCGGCCCGGCCCCGCCGGGAUCCCGGUUCGAGCCCCCGCCCGGCCCGGUCAUGAACGAGGCGGUGUCGCGGCGGACGCGGGAGACCCUGGGGCAGGUGAUCCGCAAGCCGCCGCUCACGGACGCGCUGCUGAACAAGCCGCCCUUCCGCUACCUGCACGACCUCAUCUCCGAGGUGAUCAGAGUGACAGGUUUUCUGAAAGGACUUUACACAGAUUUCGAGUUGAAGUCAGAUAACGUCAAGGAUAAGGAUUCCAAAAUCAACUUCCUUCAGAAGGCCAUCGAUGCUGUGGUGAUGGUGACAGGAGAGCCACUGUCAGUGAAACCAGCACGAGUUGUGGCUGGGCACGAGCCUGAAAAAACCAAUGAAUUCCUUCAGGCGAUUGGGAAGUGUUGCUUAAAUAAGCUGUCCAGUGAUGCUGCUGUAAAAAGGGUCUUGGCAGGGGAAAAAGCUGAUGCUAAAGGGAAGCCUCCACCCUCCAAACCUCGAGAUAAAGAAAGCAGAGAGCCCAAAGCAGAAGAACAAAAAAGUCAUAGGGAUAAAGAGAGCAGGAGAGACACUGAAAUUAAAGACAGAAGCCCAAGCAGAGACAGAAAACCCAAAGGAGAGUCGAAAGAGAGCAGAGAAAGAGAAAAGGAGAGGGAUAAACAGAAGAAUAAUGAAGAGAGGCACAAAGAACAUGAAAGAGACACCUCAAAGGAAGGAGAAAAACAAGAGAGGGAAAGAAGCAAGAGCAGAGUGACCAAGCAAGGAAGAGAAGCAGAGAAAACCAAAGGAAAAGGAGACACAGAGCGAGGAGAUGAUCUCGGGCAUGAGAAAGGACAGGAAAGAGAGAAAAGACAUGAAGGAGGAAGAGAAAAGGACAGACUGAAAGGAAGAGACAAAGAUAAGGGCAGGGACAGAGAAGGAGAGAAAGACAGAGAGAGGGGAAGAGAUCGGGACAGACAAAGGGACAGAGAAACAAAAGAUGGGGAGCUUUUAAGGGACCAUGGAAAGGAGAAAGCAGAGAAAAAGCCCACAGAUUCUGAAGAAUCCACGCUUAGAAAACCACAGAGGCCAACCAAAGACAGCAAGUGCCAGCCAGACACCGAGAAUGAAAGUCCUGCAAGGAUAUCGAGGCAGCCUUCAGCAAAAGGAUCAAGGCAUCGCUCCAAGCCCGGAGGAGAAGGAGCUGUGGACGCGAGGAGUGUGGCAGAUGGGAUUUCAGAGGAUGGUGCUGCUGAAGUGCAGGAGAAAAAUGAACCAGGCCUUGCAGAAAGACAGAAAGAAGGAGAAACAGAGAACGUGGCUCCUGAAAAGCCUGAAAAUGGGGAAGUACUUCCUGACCCCCCUCCUCAGCCUGCCCAAAGACGGAUUCCCCGUCCCAGCAGCGCGAGGCCGGCUCCUCCUCGAGUGAAACGUCAGGAGAGCACGGAGCUCCUAAUCCCAGAAAGGAGCGGGAGCGCUAAAACUGCCCCACAUGUGAUCAGGGAGCAGCAGGUGUCUGAUGAGGAGGACGAGCAGUUCGUGGUGGAGGCAGCAGGGCCCCUGCCAGAGAUGCCAAAGGAGCCAGAAGUGGAGCUGCUUGAGGACCAGAAGCAUGGUGGGCUGGUGAAAAGGAUCCUAGAAACAAAGAAGGAUUAUGAGGCGUCCCAGAAAUCAUCACAGACCACAGACAGGGAGAAGCCACUUGUCUCGGAAGCCUCCAGGAAGAGGGAGAGAGACUUGGUAGCCAAAGAAAUCGAGAGGUUCCAGGUGUCCAUUCAGACCGUGUGCCAGAAUGCCUUCAGGCUGGGCAGGAUCGUGGAUUACGUCCAGGAGGACAUGGAUGCCAUGAGGAACGAGCUGCAUGCGUGGCGGCAGGAGAACAGGGAGCACGCGGAGGCUCUGCAGAGGGAGCAGAGCAUCACAGACAGCGCUGUGGAACCGCUGAAAGCUGACCUGGCUGAGCUGGAGCAGCUGAUCAAAGACCAGCAGGACAAGAUCUGUGCUGUAAAAGCAAAUAUUUUAAGGAACGAAGAAAAAAUCCAGAGGAUGGUUCUGAGCAUAAACUUGUCUUCAAGAAGGUGAAGAAGAGGGAAAAGAGAGAAUUCAAAGAGCCUUGGGACUCACUGACAUUGCUACCAAAAAACCAAAACCCAAAUAGCAGAUAUGCCUUGUUCAGAUGUAAAAUGUUUAGGGACCAGAACCCUAAAAAUUCUAUUAAAAACCCCAGUAUUGCAUUGAUUUUUAGAUGUUGAUAUUAUGCAGGAUAAAAUGAAUGCUCAGGUUGCAGAGCUAUUAAAAGAACUUGUUUGUUUAA